GAGACUUUAGGCAUCGAGGCUGUCCUUACAAUGACAUAUUUACAACAUGCCUCUCCAGGAAGGGUCCAGUUACACUGAAGGACUGGGCGAGCGAGCGCCGCGAGAGGAGGCGAAGCAGCCAAGUGAGGCCAGCGAAUCAGGAUUGUGCGGAUGUCGUGGGACAAAGAGAGCGGGCGUUUGUGAGCAUCGCGCGUGAGUGUGGCAAAAAAGCGAUCGAGUGUGCAAGAAAGUAAGCGUGUGUGUGGAACGGAGUAAGUGAUCGAGUUGCAAAAGAAAGGUGGGCAAUCUAGUGAAAACUUUAAUGAGAGCUAAAGUGAGUUUGGAACGAAGUUUGUGCGGGGCUGGCGGAUUAUCCGAGAAAGUGCGCACUCAUGUGUAAACAAGUAAGCGAGCGUGUGCGUGACUGGCUGCGUGAGAUUGUGGCUGCCUGAGGUAGCUGGGUCGCUGGUCCACGGGAAUUCGGCACAGUGUUCGUUACCGCAGCUCCGAGGCUAUCACCUGAGCCCACGAAGAUGGGCACGAGUAACCCAGCCUGGACUCUGCGCUUGCUGCUUGGACUAUGCUGGAUUUUACUUUGUAAGGCUCAAGGAGAGGCGUCGGAUAACAAUCGGAGACAAAUGAUCCGCUGGGAGAACAACGGCCGGGUGUACAGCCUCUUAAACAGCGGUCCCGAGUACCUGCCCGCGGGGCAGGAACAGCAGGGCAGAACUCCCUGGGUGAUCCUUGCUGACUCCGCUUCUCGGAGGACACCGGGAAACACGCGCAGGCAGGCACCUUCUUCCCCCAGAGAAACCGUUCGCGGGCAAACUCGACAUCCUUUUGGGUUCGGCCAGGUUCCGGAUAACUGGAGACAAGGAGCGGCGGAGGACAGCAGCAGCAUCAGUUCAAACCGAUUUCAGCCGUCUUCGUCUGGCCGAGCGCGACAAGGCUGGUCAUCGUCGUCGUUUUCUUCUUCAUCUUCACUGUACCCGCCUGUCAACGUGCCAUCGUACCCACAGUACCCUUUACCGCGGCAGCCUCAGUAUAAUUUUCCUUACAAUUCCAAUCCUUUCCCUCUUCCGGAACAGGAUGAAAGCUACUAUGACCCUUAUUCCACAGGGAACGGCUAUCGCGCAGGUGAAGCUUUCUUUGGAGGGGAGGACCGCGCCAGACAAUCCUUUGGGCAUCGGAGCGAGCAACAGCCCUACUAUCCGGCUCCUGUCCGACCUUAUGUGCCAAAUUCACCGGCAGAGUUGCCUCCAGAGCCGCAAGCGCCGAUUUCCGACGCCCUGGACCACAGGUACACGCACAACCUGUACAACGUGGAUACGGCUCGAAGGGCCGAAGCGAGCUCCGCUACUGCUCGAAGUCCGCCCCACCGGCCCUCCUCGGGAGCUGAUGUACCUCAGGUUCCGCCCGCACGACGCCCGGACCUCCCUGCAGCGGGAGCGGAGGAGUGGUCGCCUGCGCAGCCCAGGAGCGGCAGUGUCGGGAACGUGUACAGGAGUGAGCAGAGAGGCCUGCCAGACCUGACGCCUGACCCAAACUACGUGCAGGCCUCCACCUACAUCCAACGAGCCCAUCUGUACUCUCUUCGCUGUGCCUCUGAGGAGAAAUGUCUCGCCAGCUCUGCCUACGGGCCUGACGUCUCUGAUUACGACAUCAGGAUUCUCCUCCGUUUCCCCCAGAGGGUCAAGAACCAAGGAGGUGCUGACUUCCUGCCCAACAGGCCGCACCACGCUUGGGAAUGGCACAGCUGUCAUCAGCACUACCACAGCAUGGAUGGGUUCAGCCACUAUGACCUGCUGGAUGCCAACACUGGGCGCAAAGUGGCUGAGGGGCACAAGGCCAGCUUCUGCCUGGAAGACACAACCUGUGACUUUGGCCAUCUAAAGCGUUAUGCCUGCACAUCCCACACUCAGGGUUUAAGUCCAGGAUGUUACGAUACUUACAAUGCAGACAUUGACUGCCAGUGGAUUGACAUCACAGAUGUACCACCAGGAAACUAUAUACUCAAGAUACAAGUGAAUCCCAAGUACUCUGUGAUGGAGUCAGACUUCACCAACAACGUGGUGCGCUGCAACAUCCAUUACAAUGGGCGCUUUGUUUCCACUACAAACUGCAGGAUCUCCCAGUCCUAGUCGCAUGGCUGACUGAACCAUCUGCUGCUGUAGGUUGCUCUUUUGUAGGACUCAACACACACGUAAUGCACGUCUCACUGGGUCAGCAGCAGUGACCAGCUGGUACUUUGCCCUCGGCUUCAUCGGGACAGCAGUGAGACAGCACUUCUUAUAAAGGCCGAGAGAAAUUCGGGGAUCCAGUUAGAGACUAGACAUCUGCUUGAAGCAUCCAUCAUCAAGCAUGAGUGUGUGAGUGCCUAACCAUUAGCUGUAAAAACAUUGAACUUGACUUUCUGCUCAAUAAAUUGUAGCCUGUA